AUGUCACGUCCCAGCAGCAUGAUGGCGCAGAGCAGCGCAGCGGCUCAGCGCAACCUCAGCUUGACCGAGGAGCUGGAGAAACUCGAACAGUCAAUUACUCUGACGCUGCAAGAAAUCGAUCACAACUUCAGCCGUGCUCAUCGCAUAGUCACUGGGAGCAUCCUGCCCGUGGUUGAGCAGUACGCGAAACAUUCCGAGGCCGUGUGGGAGGGCUCAAAGUUCUGGAAGCAAUUCUUCGAGGCCAGCGCCAAUGUCUCGCUGUCGGGCUACGAGGAGCCCGCCGCUGCAGACGACACCGCCAUGCAACCGGAUGAUUCGACACAUGCGUCAACCGCGUACGACGACAGCCCUUCAAUUCGCGCCGAUAACACGCUCCAUUCCGUCGCUGGGCGCCCAAGCCAAUUCGACGACGACGACGACGACGACGAAGGACUCGAAGACUCGCUACUCUCCUCACCGUCCAUGGCCAAGACGCCUCGCAACCCUGCUAGAUCCUCCUUUACCGAUGAAUACCCCUCUCCAUACGAGGCACUGAAGCGUGAGCUACGAGGUGACGGGAGUGAAGGUGCCGGCCACGGCUCAGACGACUUGUCAUCUGAGGCGAGCGGCUUGCCCGAAGGUGGCACUGUUCUCGGCGCCCCUACAACACCCGGCAAACUCUCGCAGUCCACGCUGCCCGACAUGUCCAUGACGCCCGAGUCGUCACCAUUCGCACCCGGCUCGGCCGACCAGCACACGCGCCACACGCGCCGCAAUUCCAACAACGACCCUCUCCUCCAUCACAUGCUCGACAAGACGUACCGAAUCGCCGCCACGCCGCACACGGCGACGCAAAAGAUGCGUCCCGGCGCCGCCGGCGCCAGCGCCGCGACUUCCGGAACCUCCAACCGCACCAGGCGACGCCUGGCGUUCGACUCCUCGCCCCUGUCUUCUCCCGAGGCUCCUGCCCCGCAGUUGCGGGCUGACAUCUUCUCUCCCGCCAAGACGCCUCGAACGCCAGGCGUCAGCGUCUACCAACAAAGAAACAACCAAACCCCUGGCGGCAAGAGUGGUGGCGGACUGGGCACCGUCAGCAAGUUCACGGGCGGCGCCAAGAGUGCCGAAGACUUCAUCACGUGGGACAGCGACAGCGAGGGCGAGACCGAGUUCAGUCCCCCGAAGACGAUGCAGUUCCACGUGCCUCAGAGCCGCCUCAUGCAGACCCCUGCGCGCGAGGCGAGCAGGAAGAUCGUCGAGGACCUGCUGCUGACGGCGGGUGGGGGGGGAGUUGACGGAUUCGAACGUGACGGAGGAUAG